AUGGGUCAUUGUGCCAGACAAUGUCCGAACAAGAAAAAUAAGGACAACAAGAAGAAGAAAGUUCUUGCUACAACUGAGGUGGACGAGUUUACAUUACGAUUUGAGAAUGAUUUUUCACUUAUUUCCUCUCUCUCAAGUUCACCUGCAAACAAGGUAUGGUAUAUUGACAGUGGGGCUUCUUGCUACAUGACUGGAGUCAAAGAAUGUUUCAGGAAGUUGGAGGAGAAGAAGAAUGAUUUCUAUAUUGAUCUCAGAGACAAAUCCAAAAACCACGCAACUGGUGUUGGCACUGUCAAGUUUCAGAGGGAGUCUGGCAAACCCUUGUUCGUGGAGGAUGUGUUGUAUGUCCCUGGCAUGACAAAGCAUUUAAUCUUGGUUUCUACUUUGGAAGACAAGGGUUACAUCAUAACCUUUGAAAAGGGAAAAGUCUAUAUUCAUCCCAAGGAUUACAAGGUUGCAAAAUGA